CCUAUUUAUUUACAUCGUGGAGGUUCGCAAUCGUGAAUGAAAUUUUAAUCAAGUUUCUUUAAAUUUCACACCGCACCUUCGCAAUUAUGUCGUGUAUCCUUAUUCUCACCUAAUAUUUUAUCGAAGAAAAGUGUUUCCAUUAAUAUUAGCACGAGUGUAUGCCCAUAAAUUGGUGUGAUCGGAUUGUUGCCCUCUGUGUCAUCAGCAGGAGCUCUAGUCUUCAGACUCACCCUCAAGGUCUUGGAGUGUCCAUUUCUCAUGCAUCUGCUACUUUAAAGAAGUAAAAAAUGGCAAACUCCGUUGGUAAUGAUAAGACUGCUAAUAAGGUUGCCCUCUGCUCGGCCGUCUUUGCUGGGUUCGCUUAUGUAGGAUACUCGGUGGUGAGAACUGCAUUCUGUCGAAAAUUAGGUCAGCGCGAGGGCGAAGGCGGUUAUCGGCAAGAACAUCGAUUGUACUUCAGGAGAUUAUCUCAGACCACACAGACUGAUGUUUUGCUAGGGGACCUGGACCUCUCAGGAUCAAAGAAGAUUGCACUCAGACCAUUCACUGUUCAGGAAAGAAUCAGAGAAUUGAAUUUAAGAGCCAAAAUGUUUACAGAUACAGUACUAGCAAUACAGACAAACCAGUCGCCUCACAAGUCUCACAGCGUUCAUAGUGCACGAAGUUUGACGGCCUCACCUUGGAGCUCGCCCAGAAUUCUUAGUCCAGUAGAUGUUCGUCAUCUCUUAGGGAGUCAAUCAACAGAAAAUCUAACUCUAAUUGAUAUUGACACUGGCGUUGGAUCAUCAUUGAAACGGCGGUGGGUAAGGAAAUCAAUCCGCCAAAAAUCUCCGCUCCCACCUCCCCGGGCCCCGAGUCCCAAAACCCUUGAAAAGCUGAAGAAAACUGCCGACAAAGUAUUGCAAGAAGGUGCUGAUGUGGGAUCCGUUUUAGACCAACUAGAACACAGUAAUAGGACUAUCGAUGUAAAUGAAGCAAAAACGCUGGUUUAUCUCCUUCAUAGUACUAAAGAUAGUGUUGUUGAAAAAGUUAUCACUACUAUUUCUAAUUUAAGUACAUUUGCUGCAAAUCAGAACAUUUUCCGAGAAGUAGGAUGUUUGUCUAGUUUAACCAGUUUUCUAACACAUCGGAAUAUUUCAGUAAGACUAGCAGCUUUAAAAGCUUUAGGCAAUCUAGCACUCAAUGCAGAUAAUCAACGAGAGAUGAAGGAUGCUAUUCCGAUCCUACUCUCCUUUGUCUAUAAGAAGCAAUCUAAUGAGGAAUUGACACAUUGUGCCCUGCUCACUCUCAGCAACGUUGCCGUUUUGAAUGAAUGGCAUGAAGAAUUCCAACCCAUCCUUCAUAAUUUGUACAAUUUAUUGGACACAGCUAGUCCUAAAGUCAAGGUCCAAGCCCUGAAGCUUCUCAUCAAUCUGUCUUGUAAUGAAGAAAUGAUUCCUAGUCUCCUUGCUGCUCAGGCUCCAAAACGGCUGAUAUAUCUACUGGAUGGAAAAACUGAAGAUGAUAUUCUUCUGCGUGUCGUCAAUCUGUUGGUAAAUCUUGUGCGAACAGCCCGUACUUAUCAUCUAGAUCCAACUCUGGACUUACCGCCAGAAGAAAAAGCUGCAUCACCAGAAACAAUGUAUGCUGCAAUUUUCGGGGUGAAUACUCAAGAGAAGAUCCGUGACAAAGCAUUCAUACUGUCACAUAAACACAGCAAUGAAGAAAUUCGGGCUCAAGCCUCAAAACUGUAUGACUUACUGACAUGUUAAUCUAAAUGUUGUUCUUGUACGAUUGUUCCUGUGACCUGUGGGUUAUUUUUUCUUCUUUUUUUUAUCUUUCUCUUUAUUUUAAUUAACGACUGCUGAAAAAGAGGAAAAGUAGGUACUUAUUAAAAAAGCAAGAAAAACAAUUUUUAGGGUUAUUUAAAUUAUUUUGCAAGUCAGAAAUGAUGGUUUUUGUUACCCUUUUCCAAUGAUUGCCCGUUUUAAGUCACAGUUAAACAUUAGAAAGUCCUCAUAAUAAAGACUAAUUUUAUUUUUUUCCUCACCGAAGGUAUAUGUAGAGGGUGUAUCAAUAUUGUCUUGUUCAAAAAUGUUCAAAACACCUUUGAAAAAAAGCCAAGAAAACUUGAAAAAGUUUUCACAUGACUUUGUGCCUUGAUUUCUUUGGGGAAGAACAAAUUUGCUGAAGACUUUUCAAGGCAAAGUGACACUUAUGAGUCUUUAUACCAUGCAACUAAUGAUAUGUUAUUGACGCCAUUUUUAAAUAUGCAAAGGCAUUGGAUUUACUGAAUGUUUGGCAAUCUUUCAGCCCAGCUGUCAAAUCCUAAUUUUUAGCGCACAGUGUUGGUUUGUUUAAUUUUGACAAAUAAUCUACUAACCUAGUUAAACAUCAAGGAGGCACUUAUUAUUUCAUCGACCUAAAAGUUGAAUUAGUAAAAUGAUCAAUUUGGGCUAUCAAAGUUGCGAAGCAAUUUUGAAUGAAUUAUUGAAGUGUUAUCCUAGUAAUUGGUACAAAAAAGUUGUGAAAUAUUGAUGGCCGAAGUGCAAAACCACGUAUCUCCACUUGCGAUAUUGCAGAUCUCUUGUCAUAUUUCAUUUUUUCUUUAAAAAACUAGUGAAUGUAAUUUCAUGAGAACCUCCUUGAUUUUUCUUCUCUGUUAGUAAAAUAUUCUGUAUAAAAUUCAAGCCAUAAAGUCGACUUGUCUCUUUUUGAAAAAGUAAAACUGGUACAGAAAUUUUGAAACACCGCUACAGAGGUACGUAAUUUUGCACUUUGGCCAUCAAUAUGUUGUUUACAAAAAAGAUAUAGGGGCCUCAAGUAGAUUUCUUUUAAACUACUGGAAUCAUUGUUAAAGUUAACUAAUUUUAAAUUUUUUGAUUAAAGUGUGUUAACUUCCUCUAAGUCAAACAGCAGAGGGACCAGAUUGUCAGUCCCACUUAGAGAGCAAUUUCACUUAAAGGGUUCUCUGUUCUAAUGGAAAUUCGACAGGACUUAAAAAAGUUUGACUUUGGAGAAAAUUCUACUUAAAGAGCGUUUGACUCAGAGAAAGUUAACUGUAUUUAUAAUUUUGUGCUUUUUGACAAUUUCUUCAAUCAGGAUGACCUGAUUUAGAGAUGCUACUUUGGAAAUAUUGAAAUGCUUGUCAAUAGAAUCAAUUCUUACUUGCAUUACUACUAUACCAAGUUAAAGCCAUGUAUUUUUUUGAAAUUUUCGGUCUUUCAAUUCACUAUGUAAGUACGCAAUGUUCUUUUGGAGGAACUUUUCUCUGCAGUGAAAAACUGUAUUUCAAAUGUACUUAGUAAAAAUUUUUUGAAAAGCUCGGGGAGUCAGGAGGUACCAGUAGAUUAAUUGUUUGUGUUUUCCAUGCAAGUGAUUUCUGUAUUUUUCUGGUUGAGAAUUUUAGGUACAUAUAUAGUUAGUUAUUGAACUUCAAAAUUCCUAGUUUAUAAGUAUUUUACUUUUUUUUCUUGCAUUUUGAUAAAAUGAAUGAGAAUUCUAAUGAACAGUCUAUCAGGAAAACGAAUUGGACAAAAAAUGUACCCACCAAAAUGCAGGCAUUAAGAUUGGCUGUAUCAUUGAAGUCUUGCUGACGCAAGUUGACUAGUUUACUUGCAUCGUUAUUUAUGGUUCUUUUCAAAUUCUAUCAUCAAUGACUUUCUAAUCGGUAACAGUUUUGAUAGACAAGAUAUCCUUUAAAAAGAAUUUAAAGCUUUACAUUUUUUGCAUUUUGUAGAUUGACGCAUACCUUUUUAGAACUGAGUGACUCACUAACAAAGUACAGUGAUGCCUCAAUUAUCAGAUGUAGUCAAAACUAAGUACUUGGUUGAAAACAAGUUAGCUGACACAUAGAAAAGUAAUUUUCUGGGCAAGACAUGAACACAUAUCUGUAACAAUAGUGGAUGAGAAAAAUUACCUUUACGAAACACAUUCAAAGAACUGUUUUGGCAUCAUGAAAAUUUUAAGAAAAUACUGGAGAUGUGAUCUUCGAGAUCUGUACAUUAUGCCAGAGACAAACAUAUGGCAUUUUUGUGUGAACCAAACAGUUUUUUAAGCGUGUUUUGAAAAGGUAAUUUUUCACAUCCGCUAUUGUUACAGAUAAGUCCUCAUAUGUGGUUUUAUGUUUUUCCCCCAAACAAAGGACUAUGAAACACAAUAAAAAUGUAGCCAGGUUUGUGCUGUUUUGUUUUACCUGAAAUGACAUUUUUUUUCAUUCUUUUUUUGGUGGUUUUGAUUUUCCGACAUUUUCGAUAUCCAAUACGGCCCUCACCUCAAAUCGUCAGAUAAUCAUGGCAUCACUGUAUAAACAAUUUGGUUUUUAAAUUUAGCCAUCCAUGCUUAUUUUUUGUCGUCGCAAAUAAGGCGAGAGCUUUUACCUAUCAAAUACAUAAAUGCGCAAUUGCAUAUUACAGUUUUGUCUCUCCUUCUUUCUUCUUUGAUACUGCUUUCUGCACUAGGUUUGUUCAGAAGCUAAUGUAGUAAAGUAAUCUCUGCAACAAAAUUCCUAGUAAGUUUUCAAGGUAGAAGGAGAUUAUUUCUUUUUAUAAAUAAAUUUUAUUUUCAUACAUAUUUUACUAUAGCAGAUUACUUUUAUUUUUGUGCAAAGAUCAGUUUUUAAUAAGUGUUAUCAUUGUAGUUCCUUUUGUGCAGUAGUGUCAAUUUUGCUCCGUUUGUCCGAGUUUUAGUAUGCAUUUAGUCAUGCAAUGUUAUUCAAUGAUCCUCAUUUAAUUUUGUAAAUAUCAUGAAGCUGUAAAAUUUUCCCCUCCCCUCGCCUGCAUUUUCUUUCCUCGUUCUAAGUAUGUAAGUUUAAGUUUCAGUCAAGUUAUCUCAUUCUGAAGUUAACCUACCCUAUUUGGAUUACAUUUUGCAAUAAGCAACCACAAUUUCUGGCCCAUUUCAGAAAUAAGAUACAUGUCAUUCGUGUUCCGAUGCAGGUAUGUGCUUUUAUGGGAAAGCCAGAAAUGGUGGCUCCUUAUUGCAAAAUGUAAUCCAUUUAUUCAUUUAUUUAUAUGGCUACAAUAAUGAAUUCCAUUAUAUUGCUGUCAAUCAAAUUAUUUUUUGAAAUUAGUUUCUUUUAGUUAUGUCAUAUUUUCCUGGUCAAAAUAAUUUCCCGGAAAACUCCAUUUUCAGCUUAUUUGAGUCUCUAAAAACCGUAUAUCAAUAAUAAGAAUCAAGUUGAAAAAAUUUAGUCACAGUAUUGGUUUUAAAAAUUAUAUCAAAUGGUGGAAGAAACUCUAUUUCUAUUGAUUUUAUGUACAUCCAAAUUUUUCUUUCUUGUUGACUAUGGUUGACAUACUGAGUCUUGUUGACAAUAGAUCUAAUAAUUUUCCUGGGAUAAGCUCUAUAAGAGAAAACACAGAAAACAAAGAAGGAACGGUACACAUGUUCAGAAAUGCAGUCUUCCUGUUGCUUAUCCCUGUCUUUUUACUUUUUGCUGAGAACUAGUCAAUUCAUAUUUCCAGGGUUUCUGUUACCAUUAUUUUUUUCCAAUUUUUACCAGCUGGUCUGUGGCAUGGUGUCAGGGGUGACAUUUUUAGUUUGUAGUAGGUGUUUAUUUAUUUUUAAUUGUGAUUUUGACUGCUCAAUUUUGUUUUCCUCAAAACCAUUCACUUAUUUUUUCCUGUUUUUCACUACAGUUUUUUUAUUAUGAAUCAUGCAAAGUAACUACAUUGCGUAUCCAGGCUCGUUCUACCACUCCAAGAAACUGUUCUUUCCAUAAACUUUAGCUGUAUCAAGAAUUUUUAAUCCAAAAAGAUUUUAAAAAUCUCAGAAAACCUCUUGGUUUUUUUUUAAAUUUCAAAGAAUUUUUUUUUUCUUUCUGUGUACAACAGGUUCUUACAACUGAAAACGCUCUAAGAAGUAAACUGUACAAGUUCAACUUGAAAUACAUCAAUUUAUUUGUUAAAUGCUUCAUCCUCCCCCCCCCUCUCUGUCUCAUUAAGAGAAAAUGAUUCACUGUUAUUCCAAGAUCCUGUUUUUUGCACUAUAUCUUUGAAUCCGUACCUAUAAUUCAUUUGGUUUUUAUCUAUCCAUUUAUUUUCUUUUUCUUUCUUUUUUUUUAUCUCAUUAAUUUCAUUUAUCAUUGUGAAAAACAUUAUUUAUUAAACCUUGUGUACCAUAUUGUAUAUGCAUUUAUGUUAUUAUUUAUUCUUGCUGAGUAAAUAAAGUUGUAUUAUGUUACA